AUUUGUUGUGCCUCUGGAGAUGACCUCCAGGUACACCCGUCAUCGGCGACCUGGUAGUCCAGGUCAAGAAUUGACAACUGGAUCAUGUAUUGUCACCGACCUUAAACCUCCAUUUGAGCCUCCUAGGUCAUGUAGAAGUGACUUAAAUUGAACUCGCAAGAUUUGAUGGCAACAGAAAUUAAUGAAACAUUGCGAGUUAAAGAAAAGCAUGUAAUAAAAACAAUUAUAAUCAUUCGAAAAAAGAGUACAUCUGGCCACCAUAGUUAUACACGAUGUGUAGUAACGUUAACAUUAAAACUAUUUAUUUACCCUGUAUAAUUUAUAAAUCAAUGAUUAUAAAUAUGUUUUUGAAUAAAAUUACAAAAAUUAUUAAACCAAUUGUGUUUCAAAAUUAUAUGUUAAAAAAAACAUUUCAUAGAAGUGUGACUAAAUUUACUUGGAAACAACCAUUCAUUAAUGAUCCAAUUGAAAAAGAGCUACAGUCAGAUAAAAAAUAUCUGUAUGGUAAUAAUUCGGAUACAGCGCUACAGUACAACUGUUCAUUGAACAUCCAUUGUAAUUCUCACCCAUUACGUCGUUCGGGUAUCAUUUGUACAAUAGGACCUGCUUCAGCAGAUGUAAAAAUAUUAGAGGGGCUAAUGGAUGCUGGAAUGAACAUAGCUCGGUUAAAUUUCUCACAUGGAACUCAUGAUUAUCAUUUAAAGACUGUGGAAAAUAUAAGAAAAGCAGUAAAAAGUUAUAGCGAAAAAAUAGGUAGGAACUACCCAUUAGCUAUUGCUUUAGACACCAAAGGUCCGGAGAUUCGUACAGGUGUGUUGAACGGGAAAGAUGCAUCAAAAGAGAUCAAGUUGAACAAAGGCGAUACACUUCGUUUAUCGACGGAUAAACAAUAUGAAAAUAAAGGUUCAAAUAAACUAGUGUACGUCGAUUACGAAAAUAUAACUAAAAUCCUGAAAGAAAACGAUAGAAUAUACGUGGACGAUGGUUUGAUUUUAAUGAAAGCUACGAAAAUUGGUGAAAACUAUAUUGAUUGUAUAGUUGAGAACGAAGGCAUGUUGGGUAGCCGUAAAGGAAUAAACCUACCAGGUGUGGCUGUAGAUUUACCAGCUAUAUCAGAAAAAGAUAAAGCUGAUAUACAAUUUGCGGCAGACAAUGAUCUAGACAUGAUAUUUGCAUCGUUCAUCAGAGAUAGAUGUGCGGUAACUGAAAUACGAAACAUGUUGGGUGAACGCAAUAAGCACAUGUUGAUCAUUUCAAAAAUUGAGAACCAUCAGGGUAUACAAAACUUGCAAUCUAUAAUCAAAGUAUCUGACGGUAUUAUGGUAGCCAGAGGUGACCUGGGUAUCGAUAUUCCUCCAGAAAAAGUAUUUUUAGCUCAAAAAUCAAUUUUGGCACAGUGUAAUAUUGCCGGGAAGCCAGGAAUUUGUGCUACACAAAUGUUGGAGUCAAUGACCAAAAAACCACGAGCGACGAGGGCCGAAUCAUCUGACGUAGCCAAUGCAAUUUUGGACGGGGCAGACUGUGUUAUGUUAUCUGGAGAAACAGCCAAAGGUCACUUUCCAAUUGAAUCUGUUCGAACAAUGGACAAAAUAUGUCGGGAAGCCGAAUCUGCAAUGUGGCGAAAGGAAUUCUAUCAUGAUAUGGUUGCAAGUCUAGCCCAAAGAACUUCGAACGACGGUCAAAAUAUUAUGCAAGCCUUGAGAGCCGUAACAGCGGCUGACAAUAUGAGCGCAGACGUUAUUAUUGUAAUUGACCAGUCCGGUUUUAUAGCACAUGAAAUUGCAAUCUACAGACCACGAAGCAUCAUACUCCUCGUAACCGAUAAUCAUAGGGUGGCUCGGCAAUGUCACUUACACCGUGGAAUUUUACCAGUAUUUUACUACCCCGAAAUUGGUGAAUGCGAUGUAGAUUUUUCAAAUAACUGGAACAAACUUCGGGAUUAUGCCAUAGAAUUUGGAAAAUCUCUAGGAAUAAUUAAAUCUAGAGAUACUAUAGUGCUAGUUGGUAAAGAAGGAAUCACUGUAUUCUGUACUCUCUGAUAUAAUAGUCAAAAUAUCAUCAAAUUACAUUUACAUAAAACACUUACUACACUUGAGAUGGCACUAGCGAAAAAAACAUUUCGUCUCAACAGAUUCUGCUCCACUCAUAAAAUUUAAUAUUUUUAAAUAUUAAAAAUUACUUUGUCAAAUGAAUAAACAAAUGUUUUGAAUUGGCACGUUUA